AUGACUACUACAACUACUACAACUACUACAGCUACUACAACUACUACAAACCAACCACCUAUAUUUAUAUCCAAGUUCAUAAAGAAUGAUCGAUCAAACAACAACAACCUAGCAGCUGCUACCAAUGUCACCUCCAAGAGAAAGACAGAGUUGAUCAAACAUAUAUUGUCCAAUGCAGUAUUGAAUAGAUUACUGUUUGAUCAUGUCAAUAGAAUGAACUCGGAGGAUGAGUCAUUGACUGUUGACACUCUGAUCCAAACACGUAGUUUCCGUCUGUUGAUCUCAAGGCUACGCGCUCAAACACAUCCCUAUAGUCUGUUUGGAGUCUUCCGUUCAUUCUGUCAGGCAGCGCCUGAUCUACGGUCAUUCAAAGAGAUGCACCAAUUGAUACUCGAGCGUCAAAUACACCUAUCAAUGAGCUUCAAUGGGAGUGGAGUGAUCGAUUGGUGUCUGGCGUGUAGCAAGCCAAACUUUGGAAUUGUUCGCUACCUCUUUGUUGAUGCCAACUACAGAAGCAAACGUGCACUGUCUGUGGCGCUGGCCCAUGAUGCGAUGGACACUGCGCACUUUCUGUUCAAGCGAUACAACUUGUUCUUCCCUCUGGAGGCACCGCGACGAAUCAAAUCACUCGAGGCUGCCACGUUCCUAAAAUUUAAUGGAUUCCCAAUGCCACGAAGCUUGGUACUGGAUGCCAUUCAAUGUGGAAAUGUAGAGAUGCUCAAGUAUCUUUUGCGCCACACCACCGGCACAUACCAACAGCCACAUCCACAGGCCACUGUUCAAUCAUUCAAUGUACCACUGACCAACAACUUUGAACUACUACGUUAUAUCGUUGAGAAGCGAUGCAACCUUGGCAAUGGCCUUGUCAUCCAGUUUGACAUGGAGAAGGUGCUGCACUCAUACAUCAAGGCGGGCAACUUGGAGGCAGUCAAGUACUUGUGCGAGUGUGGCAGGAUCAAGCCACUUGGACAGGGCAAGCCACGUGGAGCACUGAUGAGCAUGGCACUGGAGCACGGUCAUUUGGAUAUAGUCAAGUAUUUCUUUAUCAAGAACCUCUUCAGCGAUAUGGGCGAGAAGGAGUUGCAGUUGGCAAUCAACAGUGGCAAUGUAGAUCUCGUUCGUCAUCUAAUGAAUGAGCGAGUCGGUGGUAUUGUAGUGCCACUCUCCAAGGCAAUCCUUCAGAACAGUGACCUGUUUGAUUAUCUUAUGCAACGCAAGUGUCUCUCUAUUGGCUCAUCAUUAGACUUCCAGCUGGCUUGUCGAUAUGGCUCACUGGACACAGUCAAGGCUAUGCACAAUGCCAAGUGCAGAUGUGAUCCAGAGUCCAUGAACAUCGCAUCAUUCCGUGGAUGUAUUGAUAUUGUUCAGUUCCUUCAUGACAGUCGAAGUGAAGGAUGUACAAUGAGCGCAAUGGAAGGUGCCAUCAUAAAUGGACACAUUGAUCUUGUUCAGUUCCUAGUGGCGCAGAGACCAGAGAUCAAUGUGGAGCACUCCAUACUUCUCACCAUCAAGUAUGACAACUUGGAUGCACUACGCAUUUUGUAUGGACACCUCAAGCAACCAUUCACGACACUGGGUGACAAGUUUGAUUGUUCAACAUUAUUGGAUACUUGUGACAAUGUAUCAAUGCUCCAAUUCAUCAAUGUCAACCUAACUGAUAUCUUUAUGGAGAUGGUUGUCGACCAAGUACUGGCUCACUUCAUCAGCCUUUGA